AUGAUCCAGUACAUCGCUCUCCAGACCACCCGCGCCAUCACCCUCGCCGAGGAGCCCGCCACCAUCGCCGCCCUUCCCACCCCGCCACACACCCCGAGCAAGCCGACGCCCGCGGAGCAGCAGCAGGCACAGGCGGCUUCCAAGCUCCCGAGCCUCCAGGACUUCAUCAUCUUCAUCUGCCAGAGCUCGCACGUGCAGGUCCCGACGCUCCUUGCGACGCUCAUCUACCUCGAGCGCCUGCGGACGAAGCUUCCGAAGAUGGCCAAGGGCAUGCCGUGUACACGGCACCGGGUGUUCCUUGCGACGCUCAUCGUGGCUGCCAAGUACCUCAACGACUCGUCGCCGAAGAACAAGAACUGGGUCAACUACGGGCGGCUGUUCGAGCUCGCCGAGGUGAACCUUAUGGAGAAGCAGCUGCUGUACCUCCUCAACUACGACCUCCGGUUCGACGAGGAGGAGGCUCUCCGCCACUUCGCGCCUUUUCUC